AUGGCCCCCGAUCUCAACUCCAUCGUCGACGGCGGCGCCGCCACCACCGCUGGUAGGGGCAAGCCCAACAUCCUCUACAUCAUGGCCGACCAGCUCGCCGCCCCCCAGCUCAAAAUGUACAACCCAGACUCUCAGAUCAAGACACCAAACCUCGACCGCUUGGCCGAGGGCUCUGUUCAGUUCGACUCGGCCUACUGCCCAUCUCCCCUCUGUGCUCCCUCGCGCAUGAGCAUGAUCACCGGCCUGCUUCCCAUGAAGAUUGGCGCCUACGACAACGCUUCCCAAAUCAACUCGGAAAUUCCCACCUACGCUCACUACCUGCGAACCAGGGGCUAUCACACUGCUCUGGCUGGCAAGAUGCACUUUGUUGGCGACCAACUCCACGGCUACGAGACGCGUCUCACCAGCGACAUUUAUCCUGGCGACUUUGGCUGGGCUGUCAACUGGGAUGAGCCCGACACGCGUCUUGAAUGGUACCACAAUGCUAGCUCUAUUCUUCAGGCCGGCCCUUGCGGUCGCAGCAACCAGCUCGAUUACGACGAAGAGGUCAUGUAUCGCAGCACCCAGUACCUGUGGGACCACGUUCGUGAGGGACCCAACAAGCGCCCAUUUGCUCUUACUGUCUCACUUACUCACCCACAUGACCCUUACACCAUUGAGAAAAAGUACUGGAACCGCUACGAAGACGUCGAUAUUGCCCUGCCAAAGGUCCGUAUGGCCAAGGAGGACCUUGACACUCAUAGCCAGCGUCUGUUGAAAGUGACCGACCUGUGGGACCAAGACUUUACGGACGACCAGAUUAAGCGUGCCAAGCGUGCUUAUUACGGCUCCGUCAGUUACGUUGAUGACUGCAUCGGCAAGCUUCUUCAGACCCUGGACGACGCUGGCCUGGCCGAGGACACCAUUGUCAUCUUCAGCGGCGACCAUGGUGACAUGCUCGGGGAGCGCGGUCUCUGGUACAAGAUGAGCUACUUUGAGUCCUCAGUCCGAGUGCCUCUACUGGUCAACUACCCCAAGUGGUUCCAGCCGCACCGCGUUACUCAGAAUGUUUCGACUCUGGAUCUGCUGCCGACCAUUUGUGAUCUCAUUGGCGUCAAGCCGGCCCCCUACCUGCCCAUGGACGGUGUCAGCAUGAUGCCCCAUCUCGAGGGCAAGACUGGCAACGAUACCGUAUAUGCCGAAUACACUGGCGAGGGUACUGUGCGACCCAUGAUGAUGAUUCGUCGUGGCCCGUGGAAGUACAUUACCUGCCCCGCCGACAAGCCUCAGCUUUACAACCUCGACAAUGACCCCGAUGAGCUUGACAACCUGGCGCGCUUUGCCGUGGUCGAGCCUCAGACUGAGGGAGAGAAGGAGGCCAAGGCCGUUUUUGAGAAGUAUGAGACGGAAGCCAGGGCCCGCUGGAACUUUGACGAGAUUACUGAAAAGGUUUUCAUGUCGCAGCGCAGCCGACGCCUGGUUUGGGAUGCCCUGAAGAUUGGCACUUUUACCAGCUGGGACCACGACCCUGUGGAUGACGGUCGCCAGAAGUACAUUCGAUCCACCAUUCCUCUGGACGAUUUGGAGAGAAAGGCUCGCUUCCCCUUUGUUGAUACCCAUGGAUACGAGAUUAACAAGGGCGGUGUUGUCAGCUCCACCCGCAGCUAA